CAAACUUGAAGACCCCAACUAGCCCAGCUGAACCCAGCUGAACCGGCGUGAAGUUUCGCGGCGCGUUCCACGAGCGACCGCCAUGGCGGGCCGCUUUCGGAAGGCGACGACGGUGGCAAAGAGCAAAGAGGAAUUCUUGUCGCAUGUCAACGCCAUCGCUGGCGCAGAUGUGGGAGGCUUGGCCAAAGGUGUGGACAAGGUUCUGUUGCGUCAACGUGCAGCAGAACUCCAGCAGAUUUGCAAUGAGAUCUCUGCAGUGAGGGAAAGCCAAGGGAAGACGACUCGAUCUGUGCAUGAGUCUCGGUGGAUGGAGCUGGCAUCCUAUGCGUUCGUGGUGGCGCUGACUUUGCCAUACUAUGUCUGCCUCACUUAUCGCAGCUGGUUCGUGGAUGAAGGCUUUGCCAUCUAUCGAAAUCCGGAUGCCAAGGGGGAGACGCCCCUUCUGCAGGUCCUGCGGAACGAUUUCUGGGGAACCUCCUUGAACCCUCCGGAGGGCUACAUCACACACAAAUCUUGGCGCCCGUUGAUCACCCUCAUGUACGCCGGCGAGUGGCUUCUGUGCGCUCGCUAUGGCUUCGAGGGACUGGAAAUGCAGCCAAUGAGAUUUGUGAGCUGUGUAGUGCAUAGCUUGAACUCGGCCUUGCUGCUUUGGGCCAUGCGCUUGGCUUCAUUGCCGUUGAGCUGUGCCUGUCUGGGAGCCUCGCUCUUUGCAGCGCAUCCUAUCCAUGUGGAGAACAUUGUCUAUCUCGUCGGGCGCGCUGACGCGUUGUCUACCACGUUUUACUUGUUGGCCUUGAUCGCCUAUCUAUUGGCCUUGAAGAAGCAGCAGAUGGGUUUGCGCAGCUAUGCCCUGUUCGCAAUGCUGAAUGUCCUAUCGGGCCUGUGUAAGGAGCCGGGCUUCACUGCACUCUUUUAUUUGGCCUGCGUCGAGCUUGGCUUCCGCUGUCGCUGGCAUCAUGUCUCAUUGCUUUUGCUGCUCUUCUUGCUGGUUGCAGCCCUGCGGACUUGGUACGUGGGCGGCACGGAUGCGGGCUUUGGCUAUGUGGACACGCCCAUCCGCUACCAGGAUGAGCGGACCCAUGGAAGUAGCUCACAAGCAUGGCUGGUGCGUAGCUUGUCCUAUCUCUUUCAACACGCCUACUAUGGCAAGUUGCUGGUUCUCCCAUGGAAUCAAUCCUGGGACUACUCGUUUGAGUCACUUCCGAUGCUGACCACUCUGAAGGACCUUCGGCUCUCCCUGAUUUUGGCCUUGUACUUGGCGGUGACCGCGACGGGCGCGGUGGCCCUUCGCUUGCGGGGCGCGGCUCCCGCCUUGCUCUUGGGUUUGGGGCUCAUCGUGGUGCCUUUCGUGCCCAUGUCAAACCUCUUCUUUCUGGUGGGCACCACUAUUGGAGAGCGGCUCUUAUACCCCCUCACAGCAGGCUGGGCUUUGCUCGUGGCUGGCUGGGCCGCUCGCGCCCGCGUGGUGAGAUGGGCCGCUGCAGGGCUUUUGGCGAUUUACAUCAUUAACUCCAACAUUCGCAUGUCCCACUGGCGAUCGCCAGCCAUCCUCUUCAUGAAGGAUGCUGAACACUGGCACAAGAGCGUCAAGGUCUUGCACGCGAAGGCGUCAGAAUUGCAGGCGAAGGGACAACUGCCUGAAGCUUUGGAGUACUACCAGAGGUCACUGGACAUCUUUGAUGAUCAAGCGAUCACAGACUACUGCAUCGCCCGGAUUCUCAUCAAUCUGGGCCGGUUGCAGGAGGCCUAUGAUCGCUUCGACAAGAUCCUGAACGGGCAUGGCAUUGGUCUCCAUGAUGGCAACGACUUCUUGUGGAUGACGGACCUAGGCUAUUUGCUGGUGCGAUUGGGAUCCGAUGCGCAAGGCGCUCACUACUUGCAAGAGGGUCUAAGGCGUAUGCCCUACAGCAGCUAUGGCUGGAAUGCCCUGGGCGUUGCACAAGCACGGCAGGGCCAGCUGCAAGAGGCUCUGGACUCCCUGAACCAAGGCCUUCAGAUUGAGGGCGAAAAUCCUUUGCUCUGGAGCAAUAUGGCGACAAUCUACGCUUAUGGUCAGGCUCCUGAGCAAGCGCUUCAAGCUUUGAAUCAGGCGCUGCGCUUGAAUGCCGCUCAUCCUGCUGUGGCUCGCAAUGCACAGGCCUUGUCCGGCGCUGGACAGGAGCCUGUCCUUGAACUCUACAUUCCCUACCCCGGUCGAGGGGGUCGUUAAGGCUGAUGAGCUGCUGCCAAGCGGGAGAAAAGCCAUGCUCUUUUGGGGUUUGGGAGAUGAUUGGGACAUCAAUCAGGUUUGGGUCCAAGCAACGAUGGCCAAGAGCCCAGCCAGUACGUCGAUCGACCCUUGUUCAAGAAAAUGGUUCGAUGGAAGCUUGAAGGAUGUCAGGAUCGAUUUGAAGGUUCUGCCCAGGUUCUGCUCAUUUGUCGAAUGCAAGCAGUUCGCAUUCUUAACAUUUUGGCACUUUGAAACAAAACUGCCUCAUUGUUUCUGGAGAAAGCUGUGGAGGCCCAGUGCGUGCACUGCAGCGUGCAGGCGUAGGCACGCAGUGCACGCAGACUGAGUGCGAGAAUUCUUUGCUCGCGACUGAUAUAGUAUCAUAUACCCUAGACAUCCCUAGACCUAGAAGUCCAACGACUAUAUUUUGACCGGCUGGAGUAAAGUGGAUGUUCCCUUUCAGUUCCCUUAAAGACCAUUCUUUUUAUAGUCUUUAACGCCCAGGGUAUAG